UUUUCAACUACCGCCAAAGUCACCAAAUUCAAUAAAAACUGCUCAAAGGUUUUCAAGGUUUUUGGUAGGUGAUUGAAUUCAACAAAGAAAACAUCUUCAUCUUCAUACUGAUCUUCAGUCUCCAGUGAUCUACAGGGUAUGCAAGCUGAAAAUUAGAGAUGGUAUGAAGGAGCAUGGUGUGGUGCUUUAUGCUAUUCUAAGACUCGAAUCAUUUACAAAGUGUUUACGUUAUAAUGUACUUUAGGGGUUGGUCCACACUUAUAGGUGACAUGGGAUAUGCCCUAAGUAGAUUGGAAAUCGACCCAGAUUAUUCUGAUAACGAAUCUGUUGGAGACGAUAAUGACAGCCACCAGUCUUCAUCACAAAAUGAUGUGGAUCCUGAAGUUGCUCAGUUAACAAAGCUGAAGUCCGCACCCCAUGAUGGAUUGAAACGCGUUCUUCCACGAAGGGGGGAAUUUGAUGUUUCGCCUGUGAAGAUGUUAGCGGGUCGAGAAGGGAAUUAUUCAGGUCGUGGGAAGUUUUCUUUAGCAGAUCGUUGUCAUAUGCUAAACAAAUAUUUACCUGUUAAAGGUCCUUCUAUUGUUGACCAAUUGACCACCCGGGCUUAUGUCUCACAGUUUUCAAAAGAUGGGUCCCUUUUCGUUGCUGCAUUUCAGGGAAGUCACAUUAAAAUUUAUAAUGCUGAAAUGGGGUGGAAACUUCACAAGAAAAUUGUUGCUGAAAGCUUGAGAUGGACAGUUACUGACACAUCUAUUUCACCAGAUAAACGUUUCCUGAUUUAUUCAACUAUGUCUCCUAUAGUCAACAUUGUAAAUAUUGGAUCUGCUGGAACAGAGUCUCAUGCGAAUGUCACGGACAUACACGAAGGGCUAGAAUUUGCAGCUGAUGAUGAAGAAGGAUAUGCAUUUGGAAUUUUUUCUGUAAAAUUUUCUAAUGAUGGUAGAGAACUUGUAGCCGGAAGUAGUGAUGAUUCAAUUUAUGUUUAUGAUAUUGAAGCAAAAAGACUUUCCCUUCGAAUUCAAGCGCAUACGUCAGAUGUAAACAGUGUAUGCUUUGCUGAUGAAGCCAGCAAUCUAAUAUAUUCUGGGAGUGAUGAUAAUCUCUGUAAGGUUUGGGACAGACGUUCCAUCAGAUCAAAAGGAAAGCCAGUUGGAAUCCUCACGGGGCAUCUAGAAGGAAUUACACAUCUUGAUAGCCGUAAUGAUGGUCGUUAUUUCAUUUCAAAUGGAAAAGAUCAGACUAUUAAGCUUUGGGAUAUCAGAAAAAUGUCCUCUAAUGCGGCUCGCGCUCCGAUAUCCAGGAACUAUGAAUGGGACUAUAGAUGGAUGGACUAUCCAUUUAGGGCACGAGAUGUAAAGCAUCCAUCUGACCAGUCUGUUGCUACAUACAAAGGUCAUUCAGUAUUGCGUACACUAAUACGCUGCUAUUUUUCACCAGAAUAUAGCACUGGCCAAAGGUAUAUUUAUACUGGAUCUCAUGAUUCUUGUGUGUAUGUUUAUGAUUUGGUUACUGGGGCCCGGGUUGCAAGACUUGUGCACCAUAAGUCAACCGUGCGGGACUGCAGCUGGCACCCUUACUAUCCAAUGCUCGUCAGUUCUUCGUUUGAUGGAGAUAUCGCAAAGUGGGAAUUCCCUGGAAACGGAGAGAACCCGAUUCCCGUGAAUAACAGUAGGCCUCGACGACAAUAUUAUGAUUAAACAAUCUACAAAAUAAAAUCUGUAAGUUUCUUUCCCCCUAAAGUAAAAGAUAAUAAUAAUAAUAAUAAUAAUAAUAAUAAUAAUAAUAAUAAUAAUAAUAAUAAAUAAAAGUAGAAGAUAAUAAUAAUAAAUAAUAAGGAAGAGAUGAAACAAACGAAUAGAGGAAAUGAGUUUUUGUUGUGCAGUAUACACCAUUCUUGUAUGAUUUGUCUCGUUCUAUUUCCACAGAAAAGAUUUUGUAUAUAUUAUAAGUUCCUUUUUCAUGGGAAUAACAUAAAUAUAUGUAUAAUUAUCUAUUUAUUGACUUAAAAGAUGUGUUGCA